AUGUUGCACUCUCACCACCACCACCUCCUCUUCUCCACUGUUCCUCUCUCACUCACCACUCACCAUCACCACCCUUCAUCACCAUCUCUUCACUUUCUCCACAGACCCUUCUCCCCAACAACUGUUUCAGCCAUUCCUCCUGCUGCAUGGCUUGGUCACCUCACAGCACAAGACGUUGGCCCCAUUGAACUCCCUUUUUCUGCUCCUUUUCCUCUUCCCUUCACAGAUGACCCUUCCACCACUCAGGUUGCUUCCAGUGUGCUUCUCACUGGAGCCAUCACUGUCUUCUUCUUUCGCACCGUCCAACGCCGCAUUAAACGUGCCAAAGAACUGAAAUUUAGGUCUUCAGGGGUGAAGAAGUCAAUGGAUAAGUUGAAGGCUAUGAGGUUAAGUUCCAUAAAAGCUAAGACUCCACCUUCACCUGAUGAAGCAUUGUUAGGGGCAAUUAUAGCAGGUGUCAUUGCUGUUCUUCUCUACAGGUUCACCACUUCUAUUGAGGCUUCUCUCGGUCGCCAAACACUUUCAGAUCAUUUCUCGGUGCGCCAGAUAACCAUCACCAUAAGGACAAUAAUAAAUGGGUUGUGCUAUCUUGCCACAUUUGUCUACGGCAUCAACUCUGUGGGUUUGUUUCUUUAUUCUGGCCAGCUUGCAAUGGACACCAUGGUGGGAGGGCCAAGUGGAAAGAAAACUGAAACCAAAAUCAUUCAGCAGCCAGGCUUAUCAAGCGCAUCAUCAGUUGAGAAUAAUAGUUUUCGACGUGGGUCCUUUGCCAUCAAAAUGUUACGGUUUUUUGGUAAAUUCCCCACACUCUACCUCAUCGUUGAACCUUCCUCUUGGAUUUCCAAGCAAAUCCCAAAACACAAAUGUGGAGGAGUUAAGAGAGAUUGUUCGUGA